AUGGCUGAAACAAUUGAGGCACUGAAGAACAUUUCAAAGGUGGAAAAUGGAAGCGUAUGGGCUGGUGUUUUUGCAGUUAAAAUUCAAGAGGAUUUGCUUGCUGACGACUUUACAUUCGAAGUGCUAACAAGAGUGUUACCAUUGGACUCGCAAGCUCAAAUCUUUAAUAGGAAGUCGUUUCAUGAUAGAUGUACUAUUUUAUGCAAUCGGCUUCUGCAAUUGUUUGGCUGUUCUAUUGUCACGGGCUUAGAUUAUCAAGCGUUGAGGUUCGACAGGGGCAGCUUUGGUAAGCCAUUCUUGGGCAAUGAUCGAUCUAUUCCUUUUAGCAUGACAACAGGUGAACAGUGUGUAGCUAUGUCUUUGGUGAAGGGCGCGAGCACAGAUGAAUAUCAGAACAUUGGUAUCGAUAUUGCUUCUACGCGUAAUUAUGGUGGGAAUGAAGAACUGGAGUUAUUUAAAGAGAUUUUUAGUGAUGAGGAAUUUAAGGGUUUACAAAGAGCGUCUGAUCCAUGUGUGAUAUUCACUUACCUGUGGUCCCUGAAAGAAUCAUAUACAAAGUUUACCGGAACAGGGCUUAAUACAAAUUUGGCAACGAUAGAUUUUGGUGCGAUCACUGUCUUUCCCGUUAACGGAGCUUCAUUGGACAUUACCUUAGAUAACGUUCCACUGGUUUUUUAUUCUCGAUGGUUCAACAGCGAAAUCAUAACUACUUGCAUACCAAAGUCGAUCAGCAAUGACCUUAACAUGGGCAUCCCAAAAUUAUAUAACGUUCCCUUAUCUAUGCUAAUUGAUUAUUUCAUCAAGACGUGA